UGAUGGUGUGGAUCCACGGAGGAGGUCUGGUGGUGGGCGGGGCAUCAACCUAUGAUGGUCUGCCCCUCUCUGCCCAUGAAAACGUGGUGGUGGUGAUCAUUCAGUACCGCCUGGGCAUCUGGGGAUUCUUCAGCACAGGGGAUGAACACAGCCGGGGCAACUGGGGUCACUUAGACCAGCUGGCCGCACUGCGCUGGGUCCGUCCCCACAUUGCCAACUUUGGAGGGGACCCAGGCUCUGUGACCAUCUUCGGAGAGUCUGCGGGAGCUGAAAGUGUCUCUGUUCUUGUAAGUGUUCCUGGCCCCGAUGUGGGUACAGAUGGGCUCCCUGGGACACCCGCUGACCUUUAUUAGCAAGACCUGGGUUCA